GCCCAAAAUCAGAUUCUCUAAAAAAAGCAUCAUUCCUUCCUGGGCUUUCUUCUCCAUAUCCAUGAGAGCGGUAUGGGAAUGGGACUACUCCUUCGUCCCUCGACCUCCGUUUCUUGUCUUCCGGGCGAAUUUCUCUGCUCCAGCUACUUAAGCGCAGUUCAGACCGAGCGAUUUAAAUGUCAAAUUCUCAUCAUCGUCAUAUUAACUCACACUUGACAUUGAUUGAUUUUGAUUUGGGAAGUGGAUGCACCAAACCAAACUGAAAAAGAUCCAAUAUUAUCUGCGAAGCUCAUAGAAAUUGAAAUACUUAUAAGGUGCUUUAGAAGAGGCUUGUUGAUGCAACGCCAUCCAUGCCUAUAGUUUGAAGAUUUUGUGGAUUUGUUUCUCUCAUUCUUCUGGUUACCAUUAUGUUUGAGUUUGACAGUUAACCUCCUUGUUUUCAACCAUGUGAGGAAGCAACAAAACCAGUCCAAGCUAAGUACAAACACACUGCAGAUUGCAGAAGAAGAAUCGACAAAAAUACAUGCUCUAGAUAUCUGGUAUACCCAUGCAUAUUGAAAGUUGCAGAGCUAAAGAGAAAGAUGAUGAAGGGCUCUCAAAUCUUAAAGGAAGCCAGGAAAGUCCAUCAACACAUGAGCAACACAUGCUGCUACUACUCCACCGCUAACACUCCUGUUCCUGUGGCUGUGGCUGUGGAUCCAUUUGCUGCCCACCCUUCACACCACCACCUCUCCACUAUUGAAUCCAAAUCCCAACUUCUGAAAUCCUACACAGUUACUCCCCCAAUCAAACCCUGGCCUCAAAAACUCUACCCCAAACGCCUUGUCUCCAUCAUCACCCGCCAACAAAACCUUGACCUUGCCCUCCAAAUCUUCUACCAUGCUGGGAACUACCACCCUGGCUUUGAACAUAAUUACGAAACCUACCACUCCAUCAUCCACAAACUCUCUCGUGCACGUGCCUUUGAACCUGUUGAAACCCUUCUUUCCCAGCUACAAAAGAAAUCAUCAAGCAUCAAGUGUGGGGAGAAUCUUUUCAUCGAUGUCUUACGUAAUUACGGUAUCGCCAGCAGACCAAAAGAUUCCUUACGCAUCUUCUUGAGGAUCAAGGAAUUUGGUGUCACAAGAUCCGUACGUUCUUUAAACACCCUUCUAAAUGUUUUGAUUCAGAACAGAAAAUACGAAUUGGUGCAUGCUUUGUUCAAAAACAGUCAAAAGAAGUUCAAUAUCACACCCAAUGUGUUUACUUGUAACAUUCUUUUAAAAGCAUUCUGUAAGAAGGGUGAUAUAGAAGGUGCACUCAUGGUGCUCGAUGAAAUGCCUGCAAUGGGGAUGGUGCCGAAUGUUGUAAGUUAUACUACUGUAAUGGGAGCUUAUGUUUCCCAAGGAGAUAUGGUGGGUGCAAAGAAGAUGUUUGAUCAGAUUCUUGAUAGAGGCUGGAUCCCUGAUGCCACCACUUACACAAUCUUGAUGGAUGGGUUUUGUAAGCAAGGGAGAUUGGUUGAUGCUGUGAGAGUGAUGGAUGAGAUGGAGGAUAAUAAAGUUGAGCCCAAUGAUGUUACUUAUGGGGUUAUGAUUGAAGCUUUUUGCAAAAACAAAAAGACAGGUGAAGCUUUGAAUUUGCUAGAUGAUAUGUUUGAGAAGAAAUACGUGCCGACUUCUGCUCUUUGUUGUAGAUUGAUUGAUGUGUUAUGUGAAAAUGGGAAGGUUGAGGAUGCGUGUGAUCUGUGGAAGAAGCUCUUGAGGAAGAAUUGUACUCCUGAUAAUGCCAUAUCAAGUACACUUAUACACUGGUUGUGUAAAAAGGGGAAGAUUUGGGAAGCAAGGAAGCUGUUUGAUGAGUUUGAAAGGAGUUCGAUUCCUAGUGUUUUAACUUAUAAUACCCUGAUUGCUGGUAUGUGUGAGAUGGGAGAGUUGUGUGAGGGUGGUAGGUUGUGGGAUGACAUGGUGGAGAAGGGAUGUGUUCCUAAUGCAUUUACAUAUAACAUGUUAAUCAAAGGGUUUUGUAAAGUUGGUAAUGCAAGGGAAGGGGUUAGGAUUUUGGAGGAGAUGUUGGGGAAGAGGUGUUUACCGAAUAAAAGCACUUAUAAUAUCUUACUUGUGGGGCUCUGUAACUCAGGGGAGGAAGAUGAAGUGACGAAGGUACUUGAGAUGGCUGCUUCAAAUGGACAAAUGAUUGAUGCAGAUGUUUGGCAACUUCUUGUAACAAAGUUUGGUAGUAAUUUUAGUAAGAUAGGAGAAGGCCUUUUUCAUUCCAUAUUGCUAAAGUAAAGGCCUUUUUCAUUCCAUAUACAAAACAUACUCAUUUGACUCAUUUAACAUUAAGUUUAGAAUUUUGAUCAUCAAUUCAAAUAGUAUGAAGUUGUCGCUCUCUUUUGGAA